UCUCGGUGGCCUGAUAACCUUCCACCGUCGUACUCCGCGUAUAUAACAGUCAGGAUCGAUCGUCAGGGAGAGACGUUGUGGUGUACAGUUGGCGCUGUUCUGAACUUCGUUUACGAGAGGGAGGAGUUGCAGCGUUGGUCAUCGCCCGUGUUCUUCCUCUCGUGUCCGCUAUGAUGGCGCCAAGGGGGCGGAUGGUGAGGGCGCUCGCCUUGCUCGCGACCGCCGCAGUCUUGUGUCACUUCUCCUCCGUUGCCAAUGCUGGACCUCUCGAGAUUACUUUGGUGCAGAAGCAGGGGGUGGAACAGAACUUCGCCGGAUUCGUGAGGAGGGCGUACCAGGUAACGGCUGCCGGAGAUUGGGCCCCGGGAGCUCGGGAGAGCGCGAGAGUGAGCGUUGCUAGGCCAGCUUGCAAUGUGACUGUUGCCAAGACAGGACCUGCGAAUUACAGGACUGUGCAGGCGGCAAUUAAUGGGAUUCCCGGCAAUAGGGGAACCAAAUUGUGGAUCAUUUGCGUGAAGGCGGGAGUGUACAAGGAGAAGGUGCGCGUGCCUUCAACAGCGACUUACGUGCAGAUGUGGGGAUGGUCUUUGGACCCGAAUAAGGUGGAAAUCACGUGGGGUGACACCGCAGGAACUCGUGGUCCUGGUGGCAGUCCUUUGGGCACGUACAACUCGUACACGUUCGCUGUUGAGGCUGAUUACUUCAGCGCUUACUACAUGAUGAUCAGGAACACGGCACCGAGACCGGCCGAUGGAGCUGUAGGAGGGCAGGCAGUUGCGGCGAGGCUCACGGCGAACUAUGUGUCUUUCUUCCGCUGUCACUUCACAGGGUACCAGGAUACUCUGUACUGCCACCAGGGUAUUCACUACUUCAAGAAUUGCUACGUAAGAGGAUCAGUUGAUUUCAUCUUCGGCAACGGUACGGUGCUUUUCCUCAAGUGUCAGUUGUAUGCCGACGUGGUGACCAAGGGAUACCUCACGGCGCAGAACCAGGCAAAGCCCUCAGAGGGAACCGGCUUCGUGAUCCGUGAAGGUGCGAUAUCAGGGACCGGUCUCGUAUACCUUGGCAGAGCUUGGGGCCUUGCGUCCAGGGUUGUGUUCGCCAAGGUGUUCAUGUCCAAGAUCAUUGCCCCUGUCGGAUGGGAUAACUGGGGAAAGCCCACGGAUGCCAUCUUCUACGGAGAGUACAAGUGCUACGGUUCAGGAGCCGAGGAGGGAAGACGCGCCAGCUGGGCGUUUCAGCUCACUGAUGCACAGGCUAGGCCGUUCAUGUCGUCGAACUGGAUCAAGGCUCGCACUUGGAUGCCAGCUGCGGGUAUCAUUCCUGCUGCUCUUCCUUAAGUUUUGAGUUGUAGUGUCCUUGUCCUUCGACAGUCUCCGCAAUUGUGCUCGUAUCCGACUCCAUAGACGUAGUCGUCGGCGGUGGAAAGAAUCGAGAAAGAAAUUGUGUUUUUUUUUUUUGUGUGUGUGUGUGUGUGUGAGAGAGAGAGAGAGAGAGAGAGAGAGAGAGAGAGGGAGGGAGGAUUUGGAUUGUCAUUUGUACUUUUCGGAAAGAUAAAUAAGGUCGGAGCUCAAGAUGAACGUUAGUCUGGUUAGUAUCUCUGAUGGGAGACUGGCUUAUUUCAGACCGUGUAACUCACUGUACUGUACAAGGCAUUUAGUGAUGGCGGCUUAAAGAGCAGAUUGAGGUGCUGGUCGCAGUCACAUGUGGUAUUUUCUCUCUCUGCGCUUCCGAGGCUGUGUUGAAAUAGCUGAGUGUGCACGGACUCGAGGAAUCUGGCUUGACGGGUAGGAUCAAGUAGAGAGGAGACCGUUUUGCGUGCAAGGAAUGCUCUCAGGGAUGUAGGCGGGAGACUUGAUUGGUAGGAUGGAGUGAAAAGGAGAUUGCUUUGCGUGCGAGGAUUGUUCUUAGAGAGGUAGGCGAAGAAAGAAGUGAGUUGUUUUUACGGUUAGGCUUUUGUCAGCAGUCGUUCUUAAGCAUUUGUGACGUUACUUUUUAUAUCAAUGAAGGGCGGAUCGGUCUCUGAGCUUGUUGUUGUUGAAACGAGUUUUUAACUUAUCAGCACCGCUUUUGUUUUGGUUCUAAAUCAAUCGAGUACGUCAUUUCCGUGUUGUUUUCGUCCCUAGCCUUCGGCUUGAAUAUUUCUUCGUUGUCAUUGUCGUUCUCAUACUCUUCCUUUUGUCCGUGUCUGACCAUCCACUUGUAGGUACUUCGUUCUCGUGAUCGAUGUCUGUACCUGUGUUUUCCCGUAGGAUGGCUCACUUUGAUUGCCCACGUGAUUUUGCCACCCGGCGACAAUAGUUCUGUUGCCCAAUUGCAUUUCCACGUCAACCGGAGCUUCAUGACUAGUACGCGGAAAUAUUUUUUCAUAAGCGUUGUGGUGAAUUCGUGUUCUCUUACGGGCCGUUGAGAGCCGCUAUUUGGUGUUGGAGUCGGUAAUGAACGUCCGUUCGUCGGAUGGAUUUCAUCUUCGGUAAAUUAUUUUUGCUGUACGCAUGAGGUAGGUUUGUCGAGCGCUUCCACUCAGGUUGUUUUGGCUAUAAUAAAACAAAAAAAAGAGGUUCGUCGAGCGUUUGAUAUCACUUGAUCCGCGAGUGCCCAAUUGGCGACUUGUUAUUAAUUGUUUUUUGUCUCUUUGUUAUGGUUUCUUUUUUUUCUCUUUUUUUUUACUUCGCUAUAGUUUCUAACUAGCUGCUCAAGACAGAAUGUCGGCAAGUGAGUACGAGUUGCCUCCCGGCCCCGAGUAUUUGGAUAUCGGCGAAAGUGCGAGUCGCGGUAAAACGGUAAGUUAUGUAAGGACAAGCUAUCGUCUGUAGCCCGCUGCUAGGAAGAAUACAAAAUCUGAUGUGUCAUUCUCUGUGCGGGAGUGCUCCCUUGAAAUGUGCGUGUGAUGGUUGAUGAGCGGUUUGAUUGGGAACGAUUGUCCGAUUAAUCGAUGAAAGAUUCGCAAAAUAAUGAAACCUGCUAAGAGCAUUUCGUUAAACGCGGUUGUUUUCUAUGAGGCUGGGGUUGGUUGGAAGCCAGUCCUGUGGCUUUGUGGGGAAAGUGGAAGGCAGUCCGUGGGUAUGUGAGGAAAGUUUUAAGUAAUGUGCUUAGUGUACUUGAUAUUGACGGGCAUACUCGCAGCAGGACUCUACUGGUGAUUUAUGGACGUGAUUGAGGUCAGAUGCCUCGAGGUCCGGUCGUAAAUGGGGUUUCAUGUAUUUUGAGCUGGAGCUAGCGUGGUCACAAUUUCAUGAGCUCUACGUCGAGUUAUGUGCAAGGUGUGCAUGCAUGUAUAGCUUGCGGAAUGACGAACGCGGCGUGACAUGCACGAUUGAUGUGGAAGUUUCUUGUGAA